AGUUAUAGUGUUUUACUCAACCGUUUAUUAAUAAUCCUAUUCUAUUGGGAAAAAAACCUAAGAAAAAUGACAUUUUUUUCGCUUUUCACUCGUGUGUUUCCACUAGCCCUUCUCUUUUUAGCUAGUACAUCUGUUAUCAUAGCUUCCACUUUUUUUGCAGCAAUAUGUACUGCUCUGCUCAACAUGUUUAAAACUCCUACACCAAACAGAAAGAGAGCAAUAAAUAUUAUUAGACAUACAAGAACCAAUUCUGGUAAACCAUUAAUUGCUCAUCGUGGUGCUGGAUGGGACUGUCCUGAAAAUACUCUGGAGGCGGUUAAACUCGCAGACAAAAACGGGGCGGACGCUAUUGAAUUUGAUUUAGAAUUCUCCAAAGAUGAUGUAGCCUUAAUUUUCCAUGAUGAUACUUUGGAUAGAACGACGAAUGGUACUGGUUUUAUUCGUCAGAAAUAUUGGAGAGAGCUACAACAGUUAGAUGCAUCCUACGGUGAAUUUAGAACAAAGUACAAGGGAUUACAGAUUCCACUGUUGGCCGAUAUGGUCGAUCUUUGUCUUUAUCUCAAACUCAAAAUGUACAUAGACGUAAAAGGAACCCCAUCGAAAGCUGUUCCUGCUCUUACGAAACUGUUUCAAGAAAGAGAACAAUUAUAUGAUAAUGCUAUCGUUUGUUCUUUUAACCCCAUCAUUCCUUAUAAAUUAAGAAAAGCAGAUAGUAAAAUAAUUGUUGGUGUAACACAUAGGCACAAAUUUCUCACACGAAAGGUUGAUGGAAGCGAAAGAGAGUCUAAUACUAUUAAAAGUCUUAUCUUUCCAACUUUUGAUAGCAUCCUAGAAUGGAGUAUUAUAAAUUGGAUUCCAAAAUUUGUUGGAGCAUCGGCUAUUUUAUUACAUUUAGACUCAGUUAAUAAAAAUCUUGUAGAGAAAUUUAAAACACAAGAUAUAGAAGUAGUCGUUUGGACUGUCAACGAAUUAUCUGAGAAAAAUUAUUUUGGCAACGAAUUAAAAUGUCCAAUAAUAACUGAUACACUUACACAAUAG